AUGUUAUCUGGGAAGAUAAAACCUAAGCAGCUGAAAAGUGUAAAUAAAACACUGUUGUGUCGGAAAGGUGAAUCUAUCCCAAUACUAGGAAUGUCAAAUUUUUCAUUUAGUUUAUGUGACCCAGACAAUGUUUUUGAACAACAAAUGCUUGUAGGGAAGUUUGAGGGUGAUAUUGGUAUAUUGGGAGUGGAUUUCCUAAAGAAAUAUAAAGGAGUUGUAAACUUCCAAAAUGAGACCUUGAAAAUAGGUAAACAAAAUUUCCCUCUUUCUGAAAACCCUAAAACUUUGUUUAGAUGUGCCAGAAUAAGACUCAGUGAUACCAUUAAAAUACCUCCUGACACAGAAUUUUGUUGUACAGGGUAUAUUCAAGGGAAACUUGGUACCAAAUAUGGGUUGGUUGAACCUAAACAAAUUGUCAAUGUCAAUGGUCUGUUAAUGGCAAAAACAUUAGUUGAUCCUAAGAAGGAGAAAAUAGUUAUCUCCCUUCUCAAUCUAACAAACAGGUCAGUUAAAAUCAACAGAAAUACUUGCAUAGCUAAUCUAGAACCAGUUGAGAGUGUGCAUCAAGUAGAGCCUCAUUCUAAAACUCAAACAAAAAGUUCAAAACUUCCCGAACAUUUGGCUAUUUUACUAGACAAAAGCUCCAAUCAAUUAAAUGGGAAAGAGAAAAAGAAAAUUGAGAGUUUGUUGCUUGAGUUUGAAGACAUUUUUAUGAAACCUGAUGGAAAACUGGGUCAAACUGAUUUGGUAGAACAUAGCAUAGAUACCGGGUGUGAAAGUCCCAUUAAAGUACCUCCUCGGAGAUUAUCCCCAAAACAGGAGAAAGAAAUUGUAGAACAAGAACUUGACUAA